AUGCUGGAUUGUCCUUUGGUCGUAAACACUAUUUGCGUGGCCGUUGCUGGGAUAAAGUGCGGGAGCUGCGCCGAGACGUCUAUGGCUCUGGCAAAUUUCAUGAGAGUGAAUAUGCGCAGAUCAUCUCAGAUGUUGAAAACAUCAAAUUUCGGGCAAAAUGACGUGGAAGAUGAGGAUGAGAAUAAUACGAGUGAUGAGACGGGAGACGAAUCACACAGUGACAAUGAGAUAAAAGAGGCAACUCCCGAGAAAUCUGCAGCAAAAUCCCAAGAAAGUGACAAGGACAAAGAAAAAGACAAAGAACCCAAGAAAAAGACGACUGGCUUUGCUCCUGGCGAUUUGGUGAUGGUGUGCAGAGAUCCAAAAAAGACGGGAACUUACUCGCUGGCUGUUGUCGUCAAUCCAAAGAUUUACAAAGCGUUGAAAGCGAUGAAACCGUUGACGGGAAACGACAUCCCUUUGAGGGGAUUCAUGUUGGAGGGACGAUAUUUCUCGGUGUCACGCCUUGUUCUCAAGCCAUUCACCGCGAAACCAUUGGCCGGAUUCGAGAAAGAACCACAUAAGACAGCCUACAAUCGAACAAAGGAUUUCUUGGAAUCCAAAGGAAAAACUUUGCCGCCAUCAUGGAAUCACAAAGAACAAAUCUUGACCGAGUCAACGAUGAAGAAGAAAAAGGACAGAGAGACGGAGAAAGAAAGGGACAAGGAUAAGGACAAAGAUGCCACUUCCGACACUCGUGAUACUUUUGUCGCCCAUUUCUACAAGUUUCAAGAAGACCACUCCGAUCAACAAACAGCCGGUGCUUGGUGGGAAACCGCUCAACAUCUACAAAUUCUAUCGGUUUUAAUGCGGAUGAAGCUAGAGGGAUGUCCGGGUGCCACACCGUCCACCUUCAAAUCCCCCUAUCAUCAGUACUUUCUCUUGUUCAGUCAACAGCACACUCGUCGUUUGGGCUGGUCAUUGAGCGAAUUGACGAUGCCGGCCGGAAGAAGACCAGGACGAUUACGGUUACGACAAAUGGGCAAAGGAAAGGAAAAAGAGAAGGAGAAGAUGGAGAAAGGCGAGAAGGAGAAAGAAAAGGACAAGGAUAAGACGAAACCCCGAAAGAUGUCCGUGGAUGUCCGUGAGAAGAAGGACAAAAAUGAUGAUCGGUCAGAGAAAGAAAUGAGUGAAUCGUCGACAAAACCGGAGAAAGUCAAGGAGAAGCCAGAGAUCACACAUCAACACCAACAACAACAAUCAAACAAGCUUGCGAAAAAGUUGGAUGAUGAGGAAAAGGAAAAACUAUCGGUAAAGGACAAGGAGAAAAAGGAAGAACUGGCGAAAGCAGCAAAAAUCAAAAGAGAACACAUCUCUCCGUCACCGGCUCGUUCAACCGCCUCAUCGGCGUCCAAAGAUGAGAGGAGAAGAAAAAGGAGAGACGAGAAAGCUGUUCGAAUACGACAAAUCAACAAAAGAAACCAUCGAGACAUCGAGCUAUCGAGGGCCAACACUACUGAUGAG